AAGAAAAUAGCUCAUGCUUCUCUAAUUUUAUAUAGAUAAAGGUUGAUUUUUUUAAUAUCCCUUUCUUGAAGCAUCUGAGAUGGUAAAUUUAUGCGGUUUAAAUUUUUAAUGGCUUCAUUUUCUCACCUUAUAAUUUUGAAAGAAUUGAGAGAGGAUAUUUGAGUUCACUCCAAGGGUGAAUUGGUUUUUAAACCAGGAAAUGAUAGUAUAAAAUUAUGUAUAAGCCAAACAAAAUCUGACAUGAUGCGAGAGGAUGUUUGAUUCCUGAACACAAUGAUAUUACUGGUUCUUGAUGGCAACUCUGUAUAGUGACAUGCAAAAGGAAAUUCUUAUCAAUUGAUGAAAGAACUGGUUCUAUUGAGAAGCUUUGGUCCAGAAAAAUCGUUUGGUUUUAACGAAAUAUUCCACCUUUUUCUAUUGCUAACCAAAUAUUCCACCUUUUAUUAUCACAAUGGAAUAUUUUCCAAAAGAUCUGCAUUAUAAUUUAUGAGUAUAUGUUCGUACUUGCCAAUUUAAUUUAGAUAGAUUACCGUGUUCUUCACAUGCCGUUAUGACAGAAAAACCAACGCAUAUUGUCACUGACUCCAAACUCUAACAACGUAGUAAAACGAAUACGAGGAUGCAAUUAACAGCUUAAGAAACAUAAGAAAAUAAAAGGCCCACAUAAUUGAGGGGGCCAUUUGGUCUAGCAGAUAUAGGACAAAUGGAUUCCAAAGCACCAACCAAGAAUAUCUUUUAUUGAUAUGUUUCCCAAGCAGAAUACUCACUCCAUUCCUUUUCCCAUUCUUAGCAACAGUCUUGCACUCUUGCUCCAUAAUAUAGAGUCUAUAUAGCCUCCUUCCUUUUCAUCGAUCCCAACUCACCUUCUCACACACACAACACAAGCUCACCUUUAAGAUCUAACAAUGUCUAGCAGAAGAUUAGAUUCUACAAUUGCAACAGAAGAUGAGGUUAAAGAUCUCAUUCUAGAACUUCAAGCACUGUUAUCCACUGAGGUGGACAGGAGCAGGACAACAAAGGUUCUGGAAGAGAUUUGCAAUCAUAUAAAGAGGCUGCAGAAAGAGGUCGACAACCUGAGCAAGAAAAUAUGUGGACCACUUGGGCCUCCAGACACUAGUAGAAAUGUUGAUUUUGCUGAAGUCCUCAAGCUAGUUAUGGAAUUGUAGGCACAGUAUUUCUACUAUUGUAUGUACCUAACUUUUAUAUCAGUUAUCACCAUGUAUAUCUUCUUUCUGCCUUAAUGUGUUUUCAAUAUGCCUAGAUUUACUCAUGCUGGCUGAUGUAUAUCCCAACAAUAAGCAGAAAGGAGAUUAAAUUCAAUAAGGAUUUGAUAUAAA